AUGCUACAGCCUCCUGGAAUGAUUGAUAAAGACAAACCAAAUCAUGUCUGGAAACUUAAAAAGGCUGUGUAUGGAUUGAAACAAGCUCCAAGAGCUUGGUACCAAGCCCUCAAAGACUUUCUGAUCAGCAUUGGAUUUAAAAAUUCACUUGCGGAUGCUUCUCUGUUCAUUCUACAAACAGGUUCUUCAUUCAUCUACAUCUUAAUUUAUGUUGAUGACAUUGUCAUCACAGGUUCUCACGCUCAAGAACUUCGGAAAGUCACCACUAAACUUGCUGGUAAAUUUUCGUUGAAAGAACUUGGUGAACUGUCUUACUUUCUUGGUAUGGAAGCUACAAGAACGGAAAAAGGACUUCAUCUCACUCAGACUAAAUACAUCACGGAUCUUCUCAGGAGAGCAAAAAUGGCUGAUGCAAAACCUGUUGCCACGCCAAUGUCUUCAACUCAAGUGCUAACCUUGAACUCUGGUGAUCUCUUGUCUGAUCCAUCUGAAUACAGAGUCAUUGUUGGUAGUCUUCAAUACUUAGGUCUCACGAGGCCUGAUAUUGCAUUUCCUGUAAACCGCCUUUCUCAGUUCAUGCAUCAACCAACAUCUACACACUGGGAGGCAGCUAAAAGAGUGCUUCGGUAUCUUGCUGGCACUGCUGACAAGGGAAUCUUCUUCUCAGCUAACACACCAUUCAAUCUUCAUGCAUACUCUGACGCUGACUGGGCUGGAGAUCAUGAUGACUACAACUCGACUGGUGCAUACAUUGUGUACCUUGGGAGACAACCGAUCUCGUGGUCAGCUAAGAAACAGGGUGGUGUGGCCAGAUCUUCUACAGAGGCUGAGUAUCGUGCUCUAACUGAAGCUGCGGCAGAACUAAUGUGGGUUCAAUCUGUUAUGUCUGAACUAGGAAUCAAGUCCACUGACACUCCAGUUCUGUACUGUGAUAACAUUGGAGCAACAUAUUUAUCAGCAAAUCCAGUUUUUCAUUCAAGAAUGAAGCACCUUGCGCUGGACUAUCACUUUGUUCGCCAACAAGUACAAGCUAAGAAACUUCGGGUAACUCACAUAAGCUCUGUGGAUCAGCUUGCUGAUGCUCUCACCAAACCAUUGGCACGCUCACGAUUCGAAACACUAACAUCCAAGAUUGAACUUUGCAAGCGACGUCCAUCUUGA